AUGUCUGUCCCAUCCAAGCAGACACAAGAGAAUUCCGAAGUUUCGGAUCCAUCAACGCAUCAAGACGAUCUCUCGGAUCUGCUAGCUGAAUACCCAUUCGGUCACAUAAUCACGAAGCGCGGAGCCCACGAAGUCCACAAAUUACAGGGCGUAUCAAUGAACCGCAAAGACCUCGUAGAUCUACUAGACGCUUACGCAGCCCUAGACAUCUACUUCUACGUCCCCAACCCUCACUCUGACCUGAAACAACUAGAAUCCCACUUCUACCUAACCGACACCAACAUCUCCGCCACCAACACGCGCCAUGUCGUCGUCCUAGUCCACCAUUUCCUCCUUACCGUAGCCACAUUGCCCCACUUGGAUACUCUCGUUAUUAAUACAGACGUUCCAGAAGACUGA